AAGAAGAGUUUUUCUGCCAUCUUGUGGUCACAGUCGUGCUGGUAGAAAGUUGUUGCGCUACAACAGCAGCAGUAGCAGCUAGGCAGCAGCUGUAGCUCAGAAAGUGUGUCCACUCACCGAUGACCCGGACAAACACCGGACAAACAUGGCUCUGCUCACUCAAUGAUACUUGUUUGCGUAGUUUACCUAAUCUUUACCGUCAAGGCUCCGUGGAGCGGUUCCUGAAUCUGAAAGAAGCGCAGUAACUCAACUCUCGGUGAUGGAUCCUGAACGACAGAAACGAAGAGAGGAGAUUCAGAAGGCCAUGAGCUUUAUCCAGUCGUCACUGCCUUUCCCAGAGCCGGAGAGUUAUGAGGCAUUUCUGACCCAGUUGGUGUGCAACUUGCUGGAUGAGGGGAAUUCUUGUUUCCGAGAUGGAGACUGGCGUCAGGGAGCUCACCAGUAUGGAGAGGGGAUCAGUGUAGCCCGCUAUGCUCAGGCUGAAGCCGUCGUCAUUCCCUACGAGCUGCUGGAGAGCCUCUACGUGAACAGGGCCGCUGCCUUCUACCAGAUGAGAGAGUAUGAGCGUGGUCUUCAGGACUGUGACAGUGCACUGUGUGUAUCAGAGGGCAGCCGCAGGGCUUUGUACCGAAAAGCUCUCUGCCUGCGGGAGCUGGGACGACUUAGAGAGGGCUACGAGAGUGGAACAAAAUGUCUUCUUACAGCACCACAUGAUCAGCAGGUUAUCGACCUGGCGCAGGAUCUGGCCAACAAACUGGGUUUGAAGGGACGUAAAGCUUAUGUCAGCCUGCAGACAGAGUCCACGUCCACAGAAGGAGAGGGUCACGAGGAGACAUCCCCACCCCCUGGAGAAAUGUCUUCCAACGGUUUAGAGUCUCUGGGUGACAUUGGACCAGAUGAUCUGUCCAGUGCUCAGUGCAUUCCUGCUCCUCUGGCCACGCCCAUUCCAGUCAGCGAUGACCCAACAACCACGGUUGUUACCUCCUGCACUGAGCUGUCUGAGAGCCCCAGCAGCCAGGCUCUGCCCCCCAUGCCGUACUCUGUUCCUGUGUCAGAGCACAUGGAGGAAUGUGGCAGUGGGAUUAAGGGCGAGCUGGACAGCAUUUUAGAAUGCAUGCCAAAGAAAGUCAGUGAGAGUCCAGUUCAGGGUGCUAUCCCCACCAACCUUCCCAACACUGCUGUUGGUCUCCGGCCUCCUUACUCACCCAGACUUCCAGCCCCAUCACCUCAGCUUCCACAAGCCUUUUUCAGCUCCUCCAUCAGUGAAAUGCCCGAUUUAGAGGCUUACACACCGCUGUGUGACCAGGGCUCCACCCAGGCGCAGGACGCUCUGGGAAGCUUUUCUUCAGGAAGUACAGAUGGAGAAGGAAAGGGGGCUUCUCCUGGAGGGCUUGACUCCUUGUCCGAGUAUACUCUUCCAGGGGGACGAGUGUGCCACAGCUUCAUCCCUGGAAUGCGUAACCACAGUGCUGCACACACUAAUGGACCGGCAGGAACCAACCUCUCUGUUCUGUCCAGGAACCCUCUGGCAGCCACUCAUGAAUUUCGCCAGGCUUGUCAUGCCUGUUACAGCCGAAUAGGCCCACGAGUGAUGGACUAUAAGUAUCAGCCAGAGGCAGCACACCGCUGUAAGAGAGAUGUGCUGCUGUGUCGUCUCAAAAACUCAGACGAUCCCACUUGGAAGAGAAUUCGGCCCAGACCUGCUAGGAAUAAUUUUCUGGGGGCAUUUGUACUCUGUAAAGAGGUGCAGGAGCGACAGGAGUGCCAGUAUGGAGAAAACUGUACUUUCGCUUACUGCCAGGAGGAGAUUGACGUGUGGACCCAGGAAAGGAAAGGUGCUCUGAGCCGAGAGCUGCUGUUUGACCCGCUGGGCAGCACAGAGCGACGGGCGCUCAGUGUCACCAGACUGCUGCAGCUCCACAUGGGCAUGUUCAUGUUCCUCUGUGAGGAAUGUUUUGACAGUAAGCCUCGCAUCAUCAGCAAACGCAGCAAGGAAAACCUAGCAGUCUGCUCCAACCUCACAGCACGGCACCCAUUUGAUGAUAACAAGUGCCUAGUCCAUGUGGUGAGGUCAGCUAAUGUGCGGUACAGUAAGGUACGACCGCUGCACCCCCUCUGCCAGUUUGACAUUUGCCGCCAUGAAGUUCGCUACGGCUGCCAGCGUGAGGACAGCUGCUCCUUUGCUCACUCUGUCAUAGAGCUCAAAUGUUGGGUUCUGCAGCAGGAUACUGGAAUUACCCAUGAAGAGAUGGUGCAGGAAUCCAAGAGGCACUGGCAACGACUGGAGCAGAAUGCACAAAAGCAGCAGAAGCCAAUCCACAUACCCCACCUGAGCAGCAGCAUGCCUGCUGGGGGGUUCGGAGGACUUGGUUGUGGGGUUGGUGGAGUAGGUGGAGACAGUAUAGGAGCAGGUGGGGUGAGUCCAGUAGGAGGUGUUGGGGUUGGAGGGUUAGUCUCAGGUGCAGGAAGGGGACGCCCCCUCAACUUAAAAAUGAAGUUUGUCUGUGGUCAGUGCUGGAGGGAAGGUCAGGUCAAUGAGCCAGACAAGAACCUCAAGUACUGCACCGCCAAGGCACGCCACAGCUGGACAAAAGAGCGCAGGGUGUUGCUUGUGAAAUCUUUUGAAAAAAAGAAGUGGGUUGUUGUUCGGCCUCUUCCGUUCUCUCGCUCCUAUCCACAGCAGUAUGACAUGUGUGUGCAUGUCAUGAAGCAGAAGAAGUGCCACUAUAUUGGGAACUGCUCAUUCGCCCACAGUCUGGAGGAGAGGGACGUCUGGACCUACAUGAAGAACAACAACUUGAGAGACAUGCAGCAGAUGUAUGAACUGUGGCUUCAACUCACCAAUCAGAACAGACGAACAGAAAACUCAGCAGUGACGCCACCGCCAGAUGACAAACAAGUCACAAUAACAGCAGAUUACACAGAGGGCUUGGCCAGCAUCUUUCAGAUGGUGACGACCUCUGAGUGUCUUAGAGUGACGGACCCGCCUCACCCACACCGACCAAACCAUCUGAUGACCUUCCACCAAUGAGAAAGCAGAUGCACAUAAAAUAUUCCAAUCCCAAGCUUGCAAACAUUUACACAAGACUUUCAGCCCCCAGGAUCAACAACUUUUAAAGUCAAAUAUACACGUUUGGCUUUCUUUUUUUCCCCUGAGAUGCACCUUUAGGUUCUCCUUAAACAGACUUUUCUCACAAAGAAUGAGUUUUGCUUUAAAACAAUCUACUUGUAUUCCUUAACUUCACGUGCCCACCUGCAGCUUCCUUCCUUCUGAGUGCUCCCUCAACUCUUGGGAGCGUGCGCCGGUCGCAGCCUUUAAAGCCCCCUGGCGACAGUUAAACAUAACAUUUAAAUAUGUACAGUUAAACACUUUUACAUUUAAUACUGAAACAUUUAGAGCACCAAACAUGCCAAGCUCACAGUACGUCUUACAGCCAUAAAAACUGAAGAAACUAUGAAGCAUCGGCUAGCGAUGGGCUCCUCACUAACCAGAUCCUAGCUUCUGUCCCUCACAGAUUUCACAGACAGGUUGAUGGAACUUCAUGGAGUUUCUGAUUAUUUUUCCCCAAGGUGAGUCCUUGUUAUAUUUUCUGCCAUAUUGGUGGAAUGUUUUGAAUGUAACGUCCGAAUGGGUCUUCAAAACAAGGAAAUUUAAGUGUUUAAAAUGUUUGCUGUUGAAGUUUUGUAAAAUAAAAAUAAAAAUAAAAAAAGGGAGGGAGAGAGAGAGAAAAUGACACGCCCACAAGCUGUAGUUAUUUAAUCAUACAACUGUUUGUGCAGGAGGUGUGAACAGACAUGCAGUAACAUUUAGAUAAUAUUUCUGUAACACAAGCUUAUAUGUGGGCAGAGCUGUCACUUCACAGCAAGGUUCACCUCCCGCCUGGGGCUUUUCUAGGGUGGAGUUUUUCCCCUGGGUACUCCAGUUUCCUCCCACAGACCAAAACACAUACGUUGGGUUCAUUGGUAACUUUAAAUUGUCCCCAGGUGUGAAUGAGUGGGUGAGUGGUUGUUUGUCUCGGUGCGUGUCUGUGAUGGAGUGAAGACAUGUCCACGUGUCCCCCGUCUCUCAUACAGUGACAGCUGGAAAUAGACACCAUCUCCCCUCAACCCAGAGAGGAAAAAGUGAGCAAAGAAAAGGAAUAGAGGGGGUAUCUGUCAGUUCCUUUAGGUUGAAAAUGAAGGACUAAAAUAACAAUUAGGCACCAAAAGGUAUGAGAGCUGAGGCUGAACUGCAGCAGGUUUGGAUCAGCUGUUGUCAGAGAGUCUGGUGCUGGAGUUACGUAGAAGUGACAGUUGAACAAAAUAUAGUAAUAGCUCUGAUUCUCCGAAGCAGCGUUCUGUGAAACGCUUAUAAACAUUCAAAAUGUCUGUGUUGUAGAGAGCGCUUUGAAAAACCCCACUUUAAAGAAAUGGUUAAAUUCAGAGGCUCAUCAGGACAGAGUGGACAGCUGCCAUCUUAAAGGGAUCCCCGUUUAGCUGUAACAUUAGACUUUAUUUGAUAAACAUUCAUUUUAAAUGUAAAAUAAAG